UCUUUUCCUUUCCCUCUUUUCCUCCUUCUCUCUUCUCUCUCUCACUCAAACUCCCCCCACCCAAACUCGUCGCUGCCAUCAACCAGUAGCACUUGCCGGCGCCGCUGCAGGUCCGUCGAGACCCUCCACUGCCACGUUUUUGCCAUCCUUUCAGACUACACAUUUGGUUGUGGAUUCUUUGAAGCCAUUUUAUCAUGAGCUGUGGACUUCUUGGAGACAGAUAUCGUACCGCAUCAGAGAGCAAAUGUGGAAUCAAUUUAGGACAAAGUGUACAUGGCAUCCUCAGCAUCAAAAUGAAAUAAAUAGUAUUUUUGAGAAGAAGGCUGCUCGGCAAAUUAAAGAUACUAUGUGCGCUGCUCGGAAUGUCGGUAAAAUGCCAGAUUGGUUAAGAAAAGAUGUUUCGGAUAAACUUCUUGAGAAAUGGAAUACCGCAGAAUGGAAGGCGAAGAGUGAACAAGCAAAGGCAAACCGUGCCUUUAGUAAAGGUGGCUCGUUGCACACAGGAGGUUCGAUUACUUUUGCAGCCCAUAAACUAAGAUUGGAAAAGGAAAGAGGGCGAGAUAUGAGUCACGAUGAGGUCUUCGAGGAGUUGCGUAAGAAAAAGUAGAAGGAUGGUACUAGAGAACACUGGGUGGAGACGCGUGCGUCAGACACAUAUGAAGAUUAUCAUAAAAGGUGGAAGAAUGGCAACAAACUCAGCCUCCUUCAACUCAACUAACACCUUAUGAUAUGGCUUCAUUGUGGACAGAGGCAGGGGUGGAUUAAAUAAAGACAGAGUCUACGGACUAGGAGUACGUCGACCUACAGGUCAUCCAGCCCACUAUUUGCCAAUUCUUCUUCUUCUUCUCAAAAUCAAGAACAGAGGGAAGAUAUGAGAAACAAAAUUCGUGAUUUGAAGCAACAAUUGGACUCCCAAUACGGAACAUUUGUUAAGAUGCAGAAAUUCAUGAGAAACAUGGGCAUGAUUUAUCUAAUGAUGAGGAUGAACAAACUAAAUCUGAUGUAUAGUAGUUUAGUUGUGAUGUUUUGGUUGAUUGGUAAACUUGAUUGUGAGAGACAACUUUAUGUAUUGUUUUAAAACUUGAAUGUGGGUUACUAUUUGGAUGUUUUUAUGCCCAAAAUUGAUAGGUGUAAUGGUUGGUAUUGUUGGUUUAAGUUGUGUUA